CCUUAUUUGAGAAAUUGGUAACACGAAUAGCCAAUACGCGUGCGCCGAAUUGGCGGAACUGAAUAUAAUCCCCGGCUACCUGCUUUGCUCAGUGAAACGUGAUUAUUUAAAGCGAGAAUAUUUUUGUUUCGCUUAGUAUGGAGGUUCUAAGGCCUAGUUUAUUGAAAAUUGGCAACAGAAUUUAUCGCAAGUAUCCAACCUCACAGACUGAAAGUAAACAAGCUAAAGAUGAGUUAUUUGAGGAUUAUGCAGAAUAUGCAAAAGAUGAAAGCUGUGACAAUGUUGAGGUUGUUGCGACAGAAAAAGGAUUUGAGGGGAAAAUGUCCAUAGCAAGUGAAUAUUUCAAAUACAUUAUUGGCAAGAAAGGAGAAACAAAAAAAAGGAUAGAGAAUGAGACACGAACCCAAAUACGUAUUCCUACAAGGGGCCAGGAUGGAGAUAUUGUAAUCCUGGGUCGAGACAAGAAAGGUGUGGUUUCUGCAUAUACCCGAUUGGAAUUACUGGUUAUUUCAGCAAGACAGAAACAACCUUUCACACACUUCCUCUCUAUUCCAAUCACAGCCAAAUCUAUACACAAUCAAGUUUUGGAGUUUAAAGAAGAUGUGCUUCGAGAAUGUGAUGGGGAUUUGGGUUUGGAUGCAUCGAUCUUUCAAAAUUGUCAGAAGCUGCAUUUAACUAUUGGAACAUUGGUGUUACUAAGUGAAUCAGAGGUUGAAAAAGCUACAGAAUUACUAAACAAAUGCAAUGAAAAUUUAAUUCGGCCACUUUUAAAAGAUGAACCCCUUCACUGUCAGCUUGUUGGUUUGGAAUAUAUGAAUGAUGAUCCUGGAGCUGUAGACGUUCUUUAUAUUAAAGUAAUCCAACCAGAAAAUUCUGAAAGGCUUGAAGUAUUGUGUAAUCAGUUAGUUGAGAAAUUCACAAUGGCAGGAUUAAUGCAGAAGGACUACGACCGUGUGAAAUUACAUGCAACCAUAAUGAAUACGCUAUUUCGCAGUGAUCCUUCAGGUGUUGCUCGCGUUCAAUCUAAUCGUGGAACCCCAAGAAAAUCUUUUGAUGCUAAACAAAUAUUAAAGAAAUUUGGAAACUUUAACUUUGGUCCAUACUAUAUUGGAGAAAUUCAUCUUUCAAACAGAUAUUCUUCUGGGAAAGAUGGUUAUUAUAUACCAGCUGCUGUUAUCAAGUUGCCAUGAUGAAAAAAGGGAAAAUGGCACCUUGCUCAAAUUUUGUGUCUUCAUGACUGUAUGGUUUGAUUGAAAGGGCCAUGCACCUAUCUUGACUUGUUACUUAAUACUAAGUAUUAAUAUUGACUGAUGUGGAAAACAAAUCAUCUGUUCACUAUUUGUUACAUUUGUUUCAUCACCAGGUGAUACUGGUUUCAUGAAUAACUUCUUGUAAUUCAUAAAUAAAAAUUUUAUUCUUAAAAA